AUGACGGACUUUGCCGCAUUCCGCGAGUUUCAGGCGCGCUCCUCCAUCAUCGCGGAGAGGGAGCGCGCUGUCGACCUCCGCCGCAAGCUCCUGCAGGAGCUCACACAAAACGUCCAGCAGCUCACAGAGGAAUGCAAGCGGCGGGAUGAGCAGCUGCAGCAGGAGCGGCUCCGCUUCGCUCAGCGCAAGGCCGCGCAGGAUGAAAAGGUGAAUGCGAAGGAGGCGCAGGGGCAGGCGCAGCGCGAGCGUGUCGCCGCGUUGGAUGUCGAGGAGACACGUCUGCGCACGGCCAUUGCGGAGCGUGAGGAAAAGAUGCAGCGGGUGCACGAGGAAUUGGCGCAGCGGCAGUCGCUGACCUCAAAGCUGCGGGAGGCAAAGGAGGGACUCACGAACCUCAAAUGUCAACUGGAGGAGUGGGACGCGAAGGUGAUGAAGUUAGAGACACGCAUUGCGAAGAUGGAAAUGGUCGUAGAGAAGCGACACAACGUCAUUGCGGAGCGACUGCCAAAAUACGACAUGCCGCGCAUAGAAGCAGAUCGCGGAAACAAUCUUGAGGAAACUGCGGGUGAGAGUAUUCUUCUCAUCGAUGAGUUUAAUCCGUGA